CUUCCACCAGGCGUCUGACCCUAAUACGGAGUAGGAGACCACGGGCUUGAUCCAUGAUCCUUUCGUGUUGACUCCAACCCUUCGUCUGUCGCGCAUACGGUAAUCAGAGACAGCAGGUCAUCCCGCACUAUGGCGGGCGGCAAGAGACCAGAUGUGCACCCAGUCAUCGACUUGGAGAAGGAUAUGGUAGGAUGGGAGGGGGACGAUGAUCCGGCGAACCCUAGGAACUACCCUGUGUCCCGAAAAUGGUUUUUGAUGCUGUUGGUUAGCACCAUCACGUUCAUCAGUCCGUUCGCCUCCUCCGUCUUUUCCCCCGGUGUCGUGUACGCAGAGGAGGAAUUCGGUGUCACAUCGAGUAUACUUGGAACGCUGUCAGUGACUGGCUAUCUGAUCGGUUACGUGACUGGUCCUUUGAUCUUCUCCCCGAUGAGUGAGAUGCUCGGCCGACGGAUCGUUCUGAGUGGCGCCAACACGUUCUUCGUGGCCUUCCAGGUAGGCUGCGCGCUAGCUCCCAAUAUUUCGGCCUUGAUCGUCUUUCGCUUCCUCACUGGUAUCGGUGGAUCCGCCUGCCUGACUACGGGUGGUGGUGUGGUCGCCGAUCUGUUUGCAGCGGAGCAGCGCGGAAUCGCAAUGGCCGUCUAUACCACCGGUAUCCUGAUCGGACCCGUCUUGGGACCGCUGCUAGGAGGCUUCAUCGCCCAGCGAGCGGGCUGGCAUUGGGUCUUCUGGGUGCUGGUCAUUGCAGGCGGCACGCUCUCCGCCCUGGUCAUGAUCUUUAACCGUGAAACGAAUCCCGUCGUGCUCAUGCGCUGGAAGACCGAGCGCCUCCGCAAGGAGCUGAAUCGUCCCGAGCUCUACAGCUGCUACGAGCCAAAUGGGGGCGAUGCCAAAGGCUCGGCGUCGAGCUCCUUCGGCAAGCGAUUGAUCAUGCCCUUUUACCUCUUGGUCCGUUCGCCGAUUGUCUUUCCCGUGGCCACCUACCUCGCCACUCUCUACGGCUGUCUCUACCUGCUCUUCACCACCAUCACCGAUGUCUUCAAAAAGACGUACGGCUGGGACACCGAGAUCAGUGGUCUCGCGUAUCUCGGGCUCGGGGUGGGCUUCAUCAGCGGGCAGAUCUUCUUUGCCUUGGUCAGCGAUCGCAUCAUCACCCGGCUGAAGGUGCGCAACAACAACGUGUUCGAGCCGGAGAUGCGGCUCUCCAUUACCAUCUUCUUUGCCUUUUUUAUCCCGGUCUCGUUCUUCUGGUACGGAUGGUCGGCCAAAGCGAAAGAUUUCUGGAUUGUGCCCAUCAUCGGGCUGGCCCCCUUUGCGUUCGGCAUGGUCGGCAUUUACAACACGCUGCAGACCUACGUGAUCGACUGCUAUCCCCGGUAUGCGGCCUCAGGUACGGCCGCCAUGGUGAUCACUCGGUCGCUGAUGGGUGCCUUUCUGCCCCUGGCGGGGCCGCGGAUGUACGCGGCGUUGGGCUACGGGUGGGGAAAUUCCUUACUGGGCUUCGUCACGCUCGCGAUGAUUCCGGUGCCGGUAUUGUUCUACAAGUAUGGGGGACAGGUCCGGAAGUCGUCCGAACUGAACCUGUAAUGGCUUCCAGUGCCAUUGCAGUGAGCUAGUUGAAUCCCGGUGGUCUCUCCGACCG